AUGCUUAACUCGCUGGCAAACCAUGGCUAUCUACCACGCACUGGCCAAGAUAUCGAUGCAGAAACGCUCAGAAACGCCCUGCAAUCUAACAGUUUUGACCCUGGCGCCUUUUCGGACAUAAUAUUAUUGGCUCUUAGCACGUCAACAACGGGCAACAGUUCCACAUUUAAUCUUGCCGAUACUGCCAAACAUAACAUCAUCGAACACGACGGAUCCCUCUCACGGGAUGACUUCUUCCACGGGGGGAACGACUUGAAUUUAAACCCAGCAAUCUGGGGCCAGGUGUUCUCUCAUUUCAGCAACGACACAAUUAGCAUAGAGACAGCAGCGAAGGCGAGAUUGGAUCGUGUCGCCAAUGCAAAGGAAACAAACCCAGAGUACUCACAGCCCAGUGGAGAUACUGGCAGCCUGGCGGAGACGGCGUUCUAUCUGAUGCUUUUUGGAGAUAGGGUAGAUGGUAACGCUCGUACAGAGUGGGUAAGGAUCUUCUUUGAACAAGAGAGAUUUCCAUUUACAGAGGGAUACACGAAGAAGGAACCUGUAAUUACUAUUGACGAGAUCGAGGCGAUGAUUGGCAAGAUAUCGGCGGUAGCAGAGUAG